GUUAUCGGUGCUGAUUUUAAAUGCUUUUGACCAUCGCAGGCGGUACUAGUCGCUGCUCUUUUUUGUUUCGGUCCGCCCUGUUUUAAUGUAACACCAUAAUUCCCAUGCAGAUCAGUCCGUGACCGCUCUGGUCUACCUUGUGGAUUUCAGACUUGAAAAUGGUCGUAUGGCUGUAAAUGUGGCAUAACAUCAACACAGAGGGUUCGAGGGUGUUGUAACCAUGGCCAGGGUUGUGAAAGUAUUUAAGACUCUGCGGAAUCACUGGAAGAAAUCCACAGUCGCGGCUUGCGUCCUGUCCUACGGGGGAUACUGGCUGUACGGUAAACACUGUGACAGUGUCCUGCGCAGGGAGGCUUGUCAGUUUGCCAGGGAAUUUGGACGUCAACAGAUUGCACCCCAGGAGCAACUGAAGAAGGCAACCGUGAUCCUGAACCCUGCAGCUUGCAGUGGGAAAGCCAACAACUUAUUCGAAAAGAAUGCUGCUCCUAUUUUGCACCUGGCUGGAGUGGAGAUUACAAUAGUAAAGACAGACUAUGAGGGCCAGGCCAAGAAGCUUAUGGAGUUUAUGGAGCAAACGGACAUGCUGAUCGUGGCUGGAGGAGACGGCACGCUGCAGGAGGUCAUCACGGGUUUACUCCGAAGGCCCGAUCAAGACUCCUUCAGUAACACCCCCAUCGGAUUCAUUCCUCUUGGUUCCCACAAUUCCCUGAGCCCGAGUCUCCACCUCAUCAGUGACAACAAAGUCCAGGCCAUCACAUCUGCCACGCUCUCCAUCCUGAGAGGAGAAACGGUGCCUCUCGACGUGCUACAAAUCAAAGGGGAAAUGGAGCAGCCGGUCUUUGCUCUGAUGGGGCUGCGAUGGGGGGCUUUCAGAGACGUGGCGGCAACAGUCAGCAAAUAUUGGUACCUUGGACCUCUUAAGACGAAUGCGGCCCAUUGGUUAAGAACUCUGAGGGAGUGGCCUCUGGCUCAGGACGUGUCGGUGUCGUACUUGGCUCCCAGCCUCCGGCCGCCCGACCUGCCCCCCCAGAAGCCCCCCCGCCCGAACCUGCUCAGCCGCAUCGCCCGCCGGCUGAAGAACUACUGGAACCCACCGGUUGCAGAGCCCCCAAAAGUGGAGGAGCCAGAGAGGUGGGAGGAGCAGAAGCUGUCGUCUUUGGAGCUCUACAUUCAGACGCACAACAAAAACCCAGUGGAAAGGCGCGUCCACGACUCCCUGAUGAUCUGCGCCGAGCCGGACGACUUCACCGUGGGCGAGUUCAUCACCGUCGGGAGUAAAAAACAAGAAGACCCAACGUUGUUCACUAAAAACUCCACAAAACUUGAAGCCAGCGCGUGCCGGCUGAAGAUGCCAGAGGGUUCCUCCGGCUUCUACAACAUCGACAAUGAGGAGUUUGAGGCCAUGCCCGUGGAGAUAAGGCUGUUGCCAAGGAAACUACGCUUCUUCAUCAGCGGGGAGCGCAGAGAGCAGCUCCUCUCACAGCCUCAGUGACAGAAAAACUGACCCCACCAACCCCAGACUGGAUUUUUACUUCUGCAGCAGUCGUUUUUUUUUUGUUUUUUUUACUACGAUCAACAUUAAAUAUGAAGUUAUCUUGUAUAUUAGAGGACCAAGGCGGCUUUCUCAGCUCGUAACCCAUGUGCAGGAUGUGUUAUUACAGAUGGAUCUCAAGUUCUCUUAUGGUCAACAUGUCUGGUCUUGGUAAAUAAAAACGUCUGUCCAGUGAAAUUAAUCCCUUAUUGGCUGAUUUAGAUAUUGAGUUUUAAAAAUAAAAAAAGAAGCAAGAAGAAGCACUAUGCUUUUUUAAAACUUGCCAAAAAUAUUAAGAAGUCUUCCCCCCUGACAGAGGGGGUGACAAAAGAAAAGGAGGAGCCAGGUUUCGGUGGAUGCCGGUCGGCCGAAGAAGAGAAAGGGAGGGGCGCGGUCCACAGCUUGGGUCGGGAUUUUUGACUCACUGCUUGGCAGGGGUGGGUCUGAUCCGACAGAUGGCGUGGACAGCAAAUCUGAAGGAUUAAGCUGGUGAUAGCGAUGCCGGGCGCCAUCAUAUUCCACCGCUCAGAAAAACACUAAUGGAAGCUAAACCCAUUUCAUUUAUGUUUUUUUCCCCAUUUAGUGAAAAACCGAUGCUGAGAGAAAUCCUGAGUAUUUAGUGUACUCAGUAUUCAGGGGUAGCUGUCCUGGUUUCAUUUAAGUCAGAAUUAAAUUUGUAAUAACGUGUCAAUAAACUAUAAUAAUCACAGGCUACGGACAUAUAGCAGAAAGUGACUUUCAUUGGAGUGUUUUUCAUAUACACACUUUUCUGAUAACGUUCAUCCUCCACCUUAAAAACAGGCCACAACAUCCACCUUACAGGCCCAGUUCAAAUCACCAGCAUUUUCUUUAGCCAUCAUUUUUGCAGG